AACGACUUUAUGUGACAUUAGAAAGUUGUGGGAUGGAAUAUAAUUUUUUUGUUGAGGGAGUAAACAAAUACAAGUUCGUCUCGGGAAUAGUGUUGGCUUUGGAGAUUUGAUUUUGGUGUUUUUUCAUAUUCCCAGGGAAACCACCCGAUUGGAGCUUUGCCUUCCGUGGAGCCAUUCCCAGAAAGGGAAGCCUAUUUUUGUCAAGGGAAAUGGAUGGAUCCGAAGCAUCUCUGUCCACUUCUCCAUCUCAAUAUACUCUCAGCCAGCAACGCCAUUUCUAUCUUGCUGUCGACAGGAUCAAAUUCAAGAUGGAGACGCUGGUGGACCUAUUGCGGGUGGCUGGCCGUCUUCCAUGCCUUCCGGUGGUGGUUUGUUGCAGUGCGCGGGAUGAACUAGAUGCUGUUUAUUCUGCACUGUCUGCCCUUUCACACAUUUCUAUAUUUGCACUGUAUAGUGACCUUGGCGAACCAGAACGAAUGCAUAUUUUUGUUAGAUUUCGGCAAGCCGUGAUGAGGUGGAAUCGUCAAAGUGUGGUUGCUGAAGGGGAGAGAAAGGAGGAAGGUGAAUGUCACGUAAUAGUUGUAACAGAUGUUUGCCUUCCUCUUGUUAACUCCGGGGAGUUGCCUUUUAGUGCUCGUGCCUUGAUUAAUUAUGAGUUACCAGCAAAAAAGGAAACUUAUAUGCGGCGCGUGGCUACGUGUUUAGCAGCAGAUGGAAUUGCGAUCAAUAUGGUCGCUGGAGGUGAGGCUGUAAAUCUCAGAAACAUUGAAGAAAGCAGUGGCUGUGUAAUCUCAGAAAUGCCCAUUAAUAUUUUUGAGAUGUUGUGAAGAUUUCAGAUCCCAAAAACAUAAUAGACGUUGUGAAGAUCACAGGGACUGGCGGGCGGAGUAGGAUUGCCUCAAAAGGAACAUAAUAACGUUCAAUUUCUUUUCUUUAUUUACUUCAUUCUGUUGUUUUGAAUUUGCAAUUCUUAUUGUAAUAUGGUCCUUUUGAACACUUUUAUGCUAUGGAGUGUUUAAUAUGAACCAGAACUGAUCAAAAUGAAGUGAUUUGAUUUAC